CCUCUUCCCUCGUCCCCUCUCUCUCCCGUCCCGGUGGGCUCCGUGGUCUCCGUGUGUCCUUCUGGCUCGGCGGCCGCCGGCUGAGCGGGGUGAAGAUCACAAAUGUCGUCCGAUGGCGUUUUGGCUGAGAGGAGAGGCAGGCCCCGAGGCCGGGAAUACGACGCAGUACCCGUGGACUCCCCUCCACCAGACCGGACGAUAAGAACGCUUCAGAGCCUCCAAGGCAGCGAGCUGGCCGUGAGUUCGGAUCCUCUGCCGCCCCCUCCUCUCCCUCUACAACCGCCCUUUGGCCCCGAACUCUUCGCCGGCGAGACCGAAGAACCAGCCGUGGCUCCGGAUAUCAAGCCCGUGAGGCGAUUCAUUCCCGACUCGUGGAAGAACUUCUUCAGGGGGAAGAGAAGCGAUCCGGGAUGGGAUAGGCCGGGCUCCGACAUCAAGUACAUUUCCGAUGGAGUGGAGUGUUCUCCGCCAGCCUCUCCAACGAGACCGGACCGUCGGUCGCCUCCCGGGUCCUAUCGGGAUCCCUACGGAGGGUCGGGCGGGACCUACGGUUCGCGGAAAGAAGGGGAAGCGAUGCUUCCUCGAGAGCCCUACGGCUCUCUCGGACGCCACACGCAAACCGCGAGGACUUACAGCGAGAAGGUGGAAGAGUACAAUCUGAGAUACUCCUACAUGAAGUCGUGGGCAGGGUUGCUGCGAAUCCUGGGAGUGGUGGAGCUGCUCUUGGGGGCGGGCGUCUUCGCCUGCGUCACCGCUUACAUUCACAAGGACAACGAGUGGUACAACAUGUUUGGCUAUUCCCAGCCGUACGGCAUGGGGACCGGCAGCAUGGGCAGCAUGCACGGAGGCUACUACUAUAGUGGGCCCAAGACCCCCUUUGUACUUGUGGUUGCCGGUUUGGCGUGGAUCACGACCAUCAUCCUGCUGGUACUGGGCAUGUCCAUGUAUUAUCGGACCAUUCUUCUCGAUUCCAGCUGGUGGCCCCUGACGGAGUUCGGAAUCAACGUCGCUCUGUUCAUUCUGUAUAUGACCGCAGCCAUCGUUUACGUCAACGAUACGAACCGGGGCGGGCUCUGCUAUUACCCGUUAUUCAACACCCCAAUGAAUGCGUCAUUUUGCCGGGUGGAAGGCGGGCAGACGGCAGCGAUGAUAUUUCUGUUCGUCACGAUGAUCGUUUAUCUCAUCGGUGCUAUAAUCUGCCUGAAACUCUGGAGGCACGAAGCCGCCAGGAGGCAGAGAGAAUAUCUGGAUCAACAAGAGAUGAAUACACCAUCUUUUCAGCCCAAAAGGACUGUGCAUGAUAUGUCCACUGGUGAUGACAGGCGAAGAGACCAGGAAGUUUAUUUCAGAGAGUUGAAAGCAGUGGACUUGAAACCUGAACUCCUUAGUGGACACAUCCCAUCUGGUCAUAUUCCUAAACCUAUAAUAAUGCCAGAUUACGUUGCAAAAUACCCUGUGAUUCAGACAGAUGAUGAGCGGGAGCGUUAUAAAGCUGUGUUCAAAGAUCAAUUUUCAGAAUAUAAAGAGCUCUCUGCUGAAGUUCAGGCCGUCCUAAGAAAAUUUGAUGAGUUGGAUGCCAUGAUGAGCAAACUGCCCCAUCACCCAGAAAAUCGAGAGGAACAUGAAAGAAUUGCAAAAAUUCUUCAAGAAUUUAAAAAGAAAAAGAAUGAUCCUACAUUUUUGGAAAAAAAGGAGCGUUGUGACUACUUGAAGAAUAAACUCUCACACAUAAAACAAAGAAUUCAGGACUACGAUAAGAUUAUGAAUUGGAAUGUACAAGGCUUUUCCUAAACCUCAGGCGGAAAUGACUCUAUCAGAAAGAACCUCUGUGGGACCAUUUGUUUGAUAUUUAUUUCCUGCCACUUCAAUGUCAGUCUCCUGCCAAGGAACUGAUUUCUUGCUGAAGCAGCGUCGGGACAACUUAACUUGUGUGCUGUGCAGGAAGUAAGGUGGAAGGGUGUCCCCCUCUUCUCAGAAACCCGAAACCAAACCAUUGCACUAACCUUUAGGGGAUUAAAUCUGUGCCUGAUUUCUCCAGGGGAAAGCCUACGCCCACCAUGCCACUUCACUGUUUCCCCUUCCCUUUUAAGCCCUGUUUGAAUGAUUUCACAUCAAAAGGGGGUAUAUAGUGCCUACUACUUCAAAAACAUUCAGAUUUCCACUGUGCCUUUUCUAAGGUUGGAUUCAACUCCACUGCCUGUUAUUUC